CACUGGGGGCAGGCAGGAAAAGCCCCUGCUGCCAUCCUGGAGAGCAGCAUGGGGCACUCAGAGCACUUGGGCUGAAAAACGGGAAGAACAGGGAAAGAGGAGCAAAAGUCAAGAAAACCUUCCACAGAGGAAGACCUCCUUGUGGAUGACAGGGUCCCCAGGCCUUCAAUGAAAGGAGUGCCUGGAAAGCUCAGCCUCUUAACCCCGGCUCCACAGAGCGCCGUUAACUGGGAUUAGGAAAGUCAACUAAUGCUUCCCAGCGCCAGGAUUUCGGCAGCACGGAGCCUCCCGAGGCACAGACCCGCCACGGCAGCAUCUCCGGGCAGCGGCUGCCUCUCUGCACAGAUGCCGCUUAACCCCGGAUUUCUGUGCGCCCCACUUGUGCAGAGCGGCUGCAGAGCCACCGUGCCGCCCCUCGGCGGGCGGUGAGCGCUGCCAGGGCUGCUCGGUGCCCGCCAGCCGGGCUGAAGGAGCUCUGCCGUGCCCAGCCCGUGCCGGAGCGGGGCACCGGGCUCGCAGCUCUCCCCGCACAUCCCUGCUGACCGCAGAUGAGCCAGAGCAUCUCCCCAAACCCGGCGUGCUGGGGGAACCAGGGCCAGGACACGAGGUACCUGUAUCAUUUUUGAUUAAUAUUUGUGGGUAAAUGCUGUAAAUAUGAGCCAAGAAGAUUUAAAAGAGAGUCACUGAGCCGUGCAAGUGAAUUAAUUUGCUUUAGACAACAUGCGGCUGGGUUGCAUCCUUUUACAAGCAGGAACAUUAUUUCUUUCCUAUGCCAAAGACUGACUGCGUUUGUCCUCCUGUUUUACUUCUGCUGCGGAAGAAAUUUAAGCAAGAACAUGUAUAGUGAAUUGCUCAAUUCAACCAGUGCCACCGAAGCUCACCUAAUGAUUCAGACCAACACGCCCUACCUGAGCAGCACUCCGAGACCCGUGAGCUCCUCUGCUCUUUACAUGUCCACAGCCCGGGUGUUAAAAGAAGGGGAAAUAAAUAAGCCAGACCUGGUGACUUACAUAAUUCUAUUUUUCUUUCUGUUCUUGACUGUGACAUUCAUUGUGUUCUUCAUAAACUGCCAGCUGAAAAAUUCUUUUUUUGCUACUCUUCCUUACGACAGAUCGCUCAGGGAGGCGAGGAACCCGUGGAGGACACAAGCUGUCUGACACUUCUCAUUCCAGCAGGAGCAGGCACCACAAACCCCGUGCAAAAAGGAGUUUGUGCCAUGUGCCAGUGCAUGGAUGUGACCCCCUUUAGAGUAGUGGGCAGGAGGAGAUUGCUCAAAAUUAUGCUGUAUGCCAAUCUGAGUAGCUGUAAAUAAAAAGCUCUGUUAUGAACUGAAGAGAAUGCUUUAGCAAAUUGAUACAGUUUUUUGCAAAAAAUUGCCCCGUGAUUCCAGAUUAAGCUCUGUGUGUAUGCAAAUGUCAUCAUCCACCCAUUCAGUGUCCAUACAAGGAUAAUUGUAUUAACAACAAUCUCUGAUUUGGGCAUCUGGUGGAGCUUGUUCCCCCAUGUUUAGGAAAACAAGCAUCAAAUGUAAAAAACCAGUGUAUUUACCUAACAGCUCCAGAGAUGGGUUUCUCCCAACUGCUGCUGGAACAGCAUGGUGAUGCUGUGGGAGGCCUGCCAGGCAGGAGGAGAAAAUGAAAAAUGUUUAUUUGGGCUUUUGAUUGUCAUUCUGUUAAGGCUGUUUUUGAUGUUUGAAUGCAUCAUUGAUCAAGUCUUAAGUUACCACUUAUGUGAAACACUUACUGCCUAAGGAAUUUAUUUUCAUCUUUCAUAAACUGCAAAGGAAAUUAUUUGCCACAGCAUGAAACCAAAAUAAUCAAGAUGGGGAGAAGUGGGGAAGGAAAAUUAAUUUAUUUAAUAUUAUGCAAACUAUUGAAAAGUGUGAGGAGAGUGCUCCAAGUUUAAUACACAAAGUGGAUAAGUUCUGAAAGCCAUAAAACACAGCUUUAUAGGAAUAGUAGCUUUACUUUGUCACUCCAUGCUCUUCAUCUAAACCUUGCCCAAUUAGAAACAUGAAUUAUCAAUAUUACAACAGCUUUAUUCAACACUGGUCACUGGCAACCCUUACAAUUUCAAAUUACUAUCUGAUUUUUUUCAAAAAUCAGAACAAAAAAAAAACCUUCUGCUUAACACUGGUAGGUGACAAUCUAUUUUGUAGAUGCUGAUUUCUUGUAAACUUGCAGUUACAGCUCAAUUCCAGAUGAAGCUGCAUGAAUUUGGAAAGAGUGUCCAUAAUUCCCACAAACUGCAGGCAAAGGGCUUGGGUUUUGUUGGUUUGGUGUGGGGUUUUUUUGUGUUUUUUGUUAUUGUUGUUGUUUUUUAAAUCAAAUGGCUCAACAUACAGGAGAAUUGCAGCUAUCCAGAAACACCCAGUCCUAAAUUCUGUUUUAGCUGCAGUUUUGGGUAUUGGAUCAUCUGAAAUGGGUUUCACAGUGGUGUCAGAUGCUGCUCCUAACCCUGUUCUUGAACUGCAGAGUACUCCAGAUGUAUAUAUGUGUACAUAACUUAUUUCAUCCAAAGGAGGAGAUUUUACAAUGCAAUUACACACACAUACAGGCUUGCACUCAAGAACACAGACAAAAUGUGUAUAUAUGGAAGUCUGUUUGCAAGCUGCUUCUUUUUUAACCCAAGAAUUGCACAGUUGAUAACACUUCCAUGUCAUUGUCUUUGUUACCAUGUUUUAUUUUGCUCCAAUAAGCUAAACUACUACAUAACAGAUUUCAAUAUUUUAUUCCUUGAUAUGUGGCCAAUAUUUCCUCUGAACCAAAUUUAACUGGUGUAAUUCCAAUUAAUGCAGAAAGCAACAAUAAAUGCAAGUGUAUUUCUCUCAGCCCUUUUUCAAUAAAUCAAGUUUUAUCAAAUCAGGCAUUUCUUAUUUAUUUUUAAGUAAUGACAGCUUGUUUUCAGCUACCAGCCAUAAUGAGUUUGGUCUAAGAAUUUCUGCUGGCAAAAGCCUCAGAACCUGACAGAGCACACGUUGCUUUGCACUCUUUAUUUAAACAUUCAAGAAUAGCUCCAGAAUAAUCCUAUUUUUCUCCACAGCCUGGUUGGAGUAAUACUACAGAAGAACCUGUCAUGCUAAAAGUGUUAACUGAUUUUCUGGGAAUGCUUUUG